AAUGACACAUGAAGAAAACGAUAACUGCAAGAUUCAAAAGCUUCAUCGGAAGCAAACAAAAAAUCUCUGACAAUUAAAAAAAAUCAGACAACUCUAUCUCCGCUUUUUUUUUUGCUGUCUUCACGGGAGUGACCUCUCGAUUCGUUAUAUCUGAUCGAUUCUUUUAUUCCGGUGUGUGGAUUUCGUCCCUGAUUGAUCCCGGUGUUACUCUCUUCUUCUGAGUUAUGGUGAAAUGAUGGCAGCUGCUGAAGCAAGAGCAGUUUGGCAAAGAACAGUUAACCGUUGCUUUGUCCAAGAAGACGCUAAAAGAGCUCCCAAGUUAACCUGUUGCCAAUCUUCAUUAUCAGCUGCUUCAACUAAACAGGUUGGAGAUUCUGGAUCUACUCGAGCUCUUGUUGAUCCUCCGAAUCAAUCAUCUUGUGCAGGUUUCAUGCCUCGAAACCCUAAUUUCCCUGAUGUGUUACCCCACAAUGCCAGAUUAUGGGGUCAUCAUCAUCAUCACCACAUUCAGCCAAACCACAAGGAACAAGUGAAGAAACCAUUAGAGCCUGAGGUCGAUAUCUCUGACAAGAAACCUGAACUGGGAGCCAAAUCUUUCAAGUCCGAAAGCUUUCAAGAGUUUAUAGAGUUGAUGGAAACGAGGGAAAGUUAUGGUUCCACUGGGUAUGAUGAGUCCUCUGAGAAAAAGUUACUAAAUGAGCUAUCUUUCGAUCCGAGUGCUCCAUGGAAUCCUCUCUCGAGCGAGAAAGCUGGACCGUGGUGGCGAACCACCGAUAGAGAUGAAUUAGCUUCCUUGGUUGCACAAAGGUCUCUAGACUACGUUGAGAAUUGUGAUCUACCAACACCACAGAAGAUGAAACGCUCUUAUUAUGGUAGUCCACGUUGUUUCGACUCUGAUGGGCUCCGAGAUUACUCUGUCUCUAAGCAAACCAUCCACGAGCACGGGCCAAGAAGCUGCCUGAACAGAACUGAGGAUUCGUCUGAGUCUGAAUUAAGCAAAUCAGAGCUACUAGAAGCGCUGAGGCGUUCCCAAACACGAGCCAGGGAAGCGGAAAACAUGGCUAAAGAGGCGUAUGCAGAGAAAGAGCAUUUGGUGAAGCUCCUGUUCAAGCAAGCCUCAGAGCUUUUCGGGUAUAAGCAAUGGCUACAGCUGCUUCAGCUUGAAGCACUUAUCAAGAACAAGAAGAUUGAGAACAACAACAAGAAGAACAACGAGCCACCAAUUUCCAUCCCUUGGAGCAAUUCCAAAGCAAGAAAACCGGGGAGAAAGAGAAGAAACAAAAGGGCUAAACCGAAUGCAGCUAAGUACGCGGUUGGUUUAGCUUUGGGGAUGAGUCUUGUUGGUGCUGGUUUGCUUCUGGGUUGGACUGUGGGAUGGAUGCAGAUGCUAUCUUUCUAGGUCGAAAGAGAAGGAAAAGAGAAGAGAAGAGAAGAAGAAGAGAGACCUCGAAAGGUUUUCUGAAAAAAGAUCAUCUUUUUCUCAGUGAGCAGCUUGAUGAUCUUGAAGUUAGUUUAAGAUUUGCUUCGAAUGCAGCUUUUGAAUUUCGUUGAUGAGAAUGUAAAUUGUUGUAAGAAUUUUGUUAAUAUUAUGUUUCUAGUUUGAUAAGUUUCUUAAAAUUCAUACAUAUGAAAUGAUCUUUCAUGUGAGUAUUUAUCUGCGUGUGUUGAUUUCUUAGCUAUAUGAUCUUUCUU